UCUCAUCUUUGUUCAGAAAACAGGGGACCUUUUCAUCUAGCUAUUAAUCAAUGUAUCGUCAGACAUUUUGGCUCUAUCUAUCAACAAUUAUAGAGUUGAGUUAUAUGAUGAGCUAUUAGGCUAUACAAAAGUUAUAAGCAUACUUAUCUGGAUCAUAGCGUCGCCAAUCUCCUGGCAGCUGUAUUUAUUGCCUCUACUCUCGGGGAGAUCCGCAAGGGCACCACAGAUUCACCUAAUUUUCUGGAGCAGCUUUCUCAGGUGACUCUCUCCUUCCAAACAAUCAGAUAUGGUUGAUGUUCAACUCCAUGCUGUCCCAUUUUGUUUUUUCACACUUUCUGGACUCUGCUUAUCAAAAGGAGUGUUUGAGUGCUCAUCUUUUUGUCACUCGUAUGUGCAAGUCCUAAUUAUAAUUUUGCAAUCUUACAGAAGUAAUCAAUGCAGGAUAAUUGGCCAUCUGUUCUGUUUGCUAUGGCAGGUGGAGUGCUCCUCAGUCUUGGAAUUCUUGCUGCACAGUAUGCAUUGGCUUUGGUUUGUUUAUCAGUGUCAUUAGUGAUCACUUGCAGCAUUACUGUUGUUAUAGGCACUUGUCCCUUUCUCCAUGCGUGAUGGUUUGGUCACUGUAUGCUAGUAAACAAGGAGGCACUUUAUUUAGAGCAAACCAGAAGGACCCCAACCUGUGCAAAGGAAUUUGCUGACCUUCCUUAGUAACUGAUACAACUAGGUCAUAGUAUCAGUUCUGUAGCUUAUGGUCUUUGUUUUUUCUUUGCGAAUUUUUGACAGGCACAACUGUAAACUACUUCCUGGACAACAGGAUCAACAGUGCGGAGCUUCUUUUCCCAGGAGUUGGUUCCUUUGUUAUUGCAGUUUGUCUGGCCUCAGCUGUUCAUGCAUUGAAUGCAGACGAUAUACCAGAAUGAAGCUCAACCAGUCAGGUCUUGGCAAUGUUGAUGCCAAGUGUGCAUAUUUGUCUGUAUCCCUGCCUAUGAUGAAUGUGCUGUCUUUUUCUGAGCUGGUGGGCCUAAUUCAUCCAUUUCCUGCCCCUGUUCCAUUUAAUUCAGCAAUAAACAGAGAGGAAAUGAAGCAAAGCUAAAGAGAGAUCAUCCCCACCCAUUGGGAACUCCAAUCUCCCUGCCCUCUGCAUCGGCUGCUGCCGCUCUGGCGACCAGGGAAUCGGCGAGACGCCGCCAUCUAAACAGUCCACUCCGGCCAAAGAAUCUCAGAGGCUCUGGCAAUGGUGAAGGCGACAAGGCAAGACGCGACACGUUGCUAGCAAAGCCUUCUGUUCUUCUUGCCCUUUCUGGUUAUUCUGAAUGUGGGUUGAUGCUGAGUGCAGACUAGCAAAGCCAUCCAAGAGCUUCGGAGAAAGAUGCCCAGCACUUGUUACUGGCUUUUAUUUCUUCAUGUGCUUCGUUUCUGUCAUACAUCUUCUCGUUGGAGUUGUAUAUUGUCUGGUUAGUUGGGAUGUUGGUCUGCCCAAACAUGCACCAAUUGAUAAGGAGCUCUUAGUGUUGCUGACUCCUGUUGCUUUAUGCCAUGCCCUAGGACACGUCAUGUCCAAUGUGUCUUUUGUAGCAGUUUUCGUAUCCUUUAUGCAUACCAUCAAAGCUGCUUCUCAGUUCGUUCUGGGCCACCAGAUCCCACUCUCCCUGUGGCUAUCACUAGCUCCUGCUGUGAUAGACAGGAAUGGACAGUACAAAUGUGUCUGCUUAUAUAACAAUCAUCGCUUGUGUUUUGCAUCCCUCCAGCAGUUAUUAUUGAGGCCCCUCAACUGAUGCAAUACGGAUUUAGGGAGGCCAUUGCCAAAGUGGGUCUUUUCAAGUUACCGUCAGACCUUUUCUGGAUUGGAAUGUUCUAUCAUCUCUACAAUCAGGUGUGGCAUGGAUCUCCAGCCAGGCUUGGCUUUGCUGUUCAAUGUUUCAGAAAGAAGAAAACUGAAAAAUAUAAUAUGGGGAAAAGAUUGGAAGAGCUAAUAAUUGAUUUUAGUAGUCCCCUCUCUCAAUAAAGAAAAGUUCAAGACUCCAUGGGUGAUAACAACACAGAUUUCAAGCGUUCCAUAGCCCUAUAUAUGGAGCAAAAUUCCGUGCUGAUGCAUCGUGAACAUGGUCGCUACUAACACUUUGGAAAGGUAGCGCCACUCACGUUGUCGGGAAUGUGCUAGAGAGAGUUUUUGUGAUCGGUUUCUCUAUUGUUGUAUUUGGUAAUAAGAUCUCCACUCGAA